AAUUACUGUCAGUUUGGUAUUAAGACGAGUCGCGUGCAGAACGUUGCGGGAAUUAAGCUAAAUAAAAAGUAAAAGUGCAAUGUAAAAUGUCCAACCUACUUGCUCGUUCUUGGAUUACUCUAAUUGUUUGGUUGAAACUUUGCCUCAUGAUUUACCUUAUACCAACGAAUGAAUCGCGUGAGAAUGUGCCCACACCAAUGGAAUACAACUUUCCGAAUGAUGAGCAACACUUAAUUGAUUUUGGCGACUUUUCCUAUAUAAUGGAUCAGUCCCCAUGUGGCGCGGACACCAAGGGACUGAUAAUAGUCCACUCAGCACCCAGCAAUCAAGAGAAACGUUCGGUAAUACGCGAAACUUGGGGUGGAGUCAGUGCCAUCGAUGGGUCGCCUCUUCGUUUGAUUUUUGCCUUGGGCAACAUUUCGAAUAGCUCGCUGGAAACAUCGAUUGUGGAGGAGCAGGCUCAAUAUGGUGACCUCUUGCAGGGCAAUUUCAUGGACACCUACAGCAACAUUACCUACAAGCAUGUGAUGGCCUUGAAAUGGUUCAACUAUCACUGCAACAAUGCUCAGUUUCUGCUCAAAGUGGAUGACGAUAUAUUUGUGAAUACCCGAGUUCUUUUCGAGAACCUAAACGAACCGAAACGCUCCAAUAAAAACCUGGACAAUCUCCUACAGCAGCGCAGAGAACUUCUGCUGUGCACGAAUGUCGUUGCUGAUCGAGUUAUUCGUUCCUAUCGCUCCAAAUGGCGUGUGAGCUUCAGGGAGUACUCUGCCUCUCAUUACCCCGACUUUUGCCCGGGUUUCACGGUACUCUACAGUCCGGAUGUGGCAAAGAAACUCUAUGCAGAAGCCCAAAGGUCGCCGUACUUUCGCUUGGAUGAUGUUCACAUCACGGGCAUACUCUCGAAGCGUCUGCACAUCCCGAUCAGUGAUCUCAAGCCUUAUGUCUUGUACCCAGUGGAAAUGGAAAGUUUAUUGAAUGAGGCAGAGAUGGCCAACGAACAAGUUGAAUUUCUGGUUUCCUGGCAUAACUUAAGCCCAACACAGAUGCGAUCGCUCUGGUCAUUGUUUGGAAACAACUAACCGGAGGGAGGACAAAGAACCUCUGAGCUUCCGCAAAAACAGAGUCCCAGCGCCAGCUUCAGCUCCAAUUCAUUGCGAGUCAAGUGCGUUCAAUUUCCUUGGAAAACAGCUGGCUGAAUGGAUGGAUGGAUGGGUGACUGGUUGACUGACUAGCCGCUCGACUCCUCAUCAAUAUAAAUCACAGCAACAAAGGCCCUUGGCUAACUGGCUUUGGACAUUGUUUACCUCAACAGAACACAACCCAAGUCGCAGCCGAGGGCCAGGAACUGGAACUGAAACUGAUUGCUCCAGAGCCUGGAGUCGCAGCCAAAAGCAUGCCCCAUGCAAUGCUUCCUUCCGAUCCCAGUACACAUCAUUUCUGAGUGAUGUUCCCCAGGCAGGCGGCGCCAUGCCGCCAUCCUUUGUGCCCAUUGUUUCUCCAAAAGUUGGUGGCUUUUUGGUGUGUGUGUGAUGGAUGCGUUGCAGCAGCCGUUCUACGGGCAACAAUGGAGCGAAUGGAGCGGAAUGAUUGCCGCUAUGGCAAUGUGGAAUAUGGCCAUGAUUCAUUAUCUAGAUGGUCAUUCAAGUUCAUGUGCUGCCAGUUUAAGGAACAAAGAACAUGCCACAGAUCCUUGUAGGUUGAUAAAUACAACACUUGAAAUAUUUUUGAAGCUCCUACUUUUGUUUGAUUUGUUUUAUGUGAUAAAAAUGCAAUCAAGCCCUAUUUUUAUUUA